AGAAACCCACUAGAAAGGUGCAUUUUUUAGCUAUCUCUCACUGCACUAGCACUAGCACUGUUGUGAGUACAAUGGAUAGAUCUAGUCAUUUAAAGCCUUGCCAACUCUGUACUUUCAUCUCUACAUCGUUAAAGGACCUACUUAAGCAUAUUCGCCUGGUACACUCUCACAGAGCAGGCUUUCGAAUUACUUGUUGCCUUAGUGGCUGUCAGAGAAUGUUUAGAACAUUUGGAGUUUUCAGAAAUCAUGUUUAUGCGUAUCAUACUGAUCAAGAAGCUAUAGUGUUGGAAAGAGAUGAAGAUGGUGAAGAUGGCUCUGGUGGCUCUGGUGGUGAAGAUGGCUCUAGUGGUGCUGGUGGCUCUGGUGGUGCUGGUGGCUACUCGGGGCUGGGGACUUUGGAUUCAAGCACAAGCACAUCCGACAUGGACUGUCGAAAGAGAGCUGCUAUGAUGUGGAUACUGAAGGUUCAAGAAAAGUUUCUCCUUCCCCAAUCCACAAUGGAUAUGAUCACGAAAGAUAUCACUGUCUUCAUCCAAGACCUCCUCUUAGACCUUGGUGAAGAUGUAUGUGCCUCCCUCACUGCUAGUGGAUGUGACCCUGGUUCUGUUUCUGGAUUAUUUCACUCAAGUUCUGCCUAUGCGAACCCUUUUGUAGGGGUGGAGUCCCAGCACAUGCAGAUGAAAAUUUGCAGAGAAGUACUUGGAAUUGUGGAACCUCACUCGGUGUUACUGGGUACUAAGAAACAGUGGAAGGGCACAGGGAAAAAGAGAGCAUAUAUCGAGGUUCGAGAUGAGAUGGUGUAUAUCCCAAUUUUGGAGACUAUUCAAUCACUUCUGAAGGAUCUGAACGUGUUGAAAUUGGUUGAAACUGGCCACAAGUCCACUGAUGGGGUCUUGAGGGACUAUUGUGAUGGGAACCACUUUUCUUCUCACCGUCUCCACACUCUAGACAGUAAUUUCUUGCAGAUUUUCUUAUAUUCAGAUGAUGUUGAAGUCUGUAAUCCUCUUGGCUCCAGGCGUAUCAUCCACAAGCUCAGUUUGUACUACUUUGUGCUCGGCAAUAUCCCACCUAUCUUUCGAUCAAAGUUGAAGUACAUCCAACUUGCUGGUAUAGCCAAGACUGAGCAUUUGAAAGCCUAUGGUUCCAAUGCCAUCCUAAAACCCUUGGUUGAUGAUAUCAAGAAACUGGAAAAUGGGCAUAUAUUCGAUGUGAAUGGUGUGUUGAAGAAGAAGUAUGGAACAGUGUGCGUUGUACCAGCUGAUAACUUGGCUGCAAACCUCAUGGGUGGGUUUAAGGAGGGGUCUCGAGCAAACAGGGGUUGUCGUCAUUGUCUCGCAUUGGAAACUGAGAUGAAAACCAUUUUUAGAGAAUCAGCGUUCACACUACGCACUAUUGAAGAUCAUUUAGACAAGUGUUCAAGGCUUGAUGUUACUACAACUCAGCGUGAGUAUCAGAAGUUAUCAACAGAGUACGGUAUCAAUCAUGCCUCGCUGCUGAACGAAUUGGAGUAUUUCAAUGUGUGUUCUGGUGGUAUUAUUCAAGAUGUCAUGCACGACGUACUCGAAGGUGUUCUUGAAUACGAAACAAAGGAGUUACUGAUUCAUCACAUUAAAGUGGAAGGGUAUUACUCUCUUCAACUGGUGAAUCAAAAAAUAGCAGCAUUGGACCUUGGCUACAUGGAGGCAAAAGAUCGCCCAUCCACUGUUACCUCUACCACACUUGAUGGUGUAGACCACAAGUUGAAACAAAAAGCCGUUCAAAUGUGGCUUUUGGGACGCUUGCUGCCCCAAAUGGUUGGCCAUUUAGUACCUGCUGACGAUGAGCACUGGUUAAAUUUUUUGGAUCUUCUUGAGAUCGUAGAUCUACUACUUGCACCUGAGUUGACUGAGGAUGAAGCUGUCACCCUAGCUUCAAUGAUAGCGGAUCAUCACAAUGAAUUCAAGCAUCUGUAUCCACGCUCUUCCAUCACACCCAAGUUUCAUUACCUUGUACAUAUGCCAAGGUUAAUUCUUCAAUAUGGACCUCUUCGUCAGCUAUGGACAAUGCGAUUUGAGGCAAAACAUUCCUACUUCAAAACGCUUUCACAACAUUAGGAAAUUUUAUCAAUCUUCCUCUCACUCUUGCUCGUCGCCACCAGAGACUACAAUGCUAUAGCUCGUCUGACUUGACGAACUAUUCAUCUCACGUUAUAAACACUGGACCAGGUAACAUUAUGCUUCCGGAAUGUGCACCUGAAGCAGUACGAAAGGAGAAAGGAGAAAUUUCGAGAGUCAAGUGGGUUGAAGUAAACGGAGUCCUGUACAAAAAACCCUGUGUGUUAGUCUCUUCUGGUACUGGAGAUUACCCCGUGUUUGGCCGUUUAGAAACAA